GUCUCAAAGUCAAGGCUUCAAUGCUGGACAGAUGCUUGGUCAGAAGACUGGUUUGGAAGAUGGGUAUAGGCUAGGCUGGGAGAAGGGAGCAGGUGUUGCAUCAGAGCUUGGGUUUUAUGUUGGAUUCUGUCAAAAGAUAUUACAGGAAUUAAAAGAUUCUCCGGCAGGCAAGCAAAGGCCCACCAAAGCAGCCCAAUCCUUGCUGAAGUUAGUUGAUGAAUUUCCUCUGACAAACCCUACACAUCCACAGCUGUUUGAACUAGUACAGCAAAUAAGAUCCAAAUUUAAGCAGCUGACAUCUGUGCUGGGUAUCAAUCCUAGCUAUAAUUGGAGUGAACCAGAGAGUAAGGGUGUAUCGUUUUGAUGAGGAAAACUGGACAGGCCUAGUAAUGCCUGUUAAUUAGGGGAGCAUUACCAAAUGCACAUGUUAUCAGCAGUCCAGAUUGCUUGUAAAUCACUGACAGAAUGAGAAAUCCUCUGGAUUUCUGGGUUUCAUCUACAAGGAUGUGUCAAAUGUAGAAAAUCACUUACACAUUGGAAGUAUCAGUUGAAGUAAAGAACAUCUUGUAUACACAUUGGAAUCAACAGUUGAAAGAAAGAGCGUCUUGUACGUUCUCCGAUGUUAAGAAAUGGAGGUCCUGAUAUCAGAUUAAUUUGGAUUACUUCCGAUUACCAGAAGGAAGAGACACUAAGUUUCCAAUGUGAAAUAAGAAACUCCCAUUUCAUAAUUCUAUAAAUAUCGUUUAUUACUCAACUAGAGGCACAUCCCCAUCUAUACCUACUAGGAACACCAGGCCAUGAUGAGGAAACGCUGCAGUGUAACUUAUGACAGUAUUUACUAAGAGAUGGACUGAUGCAAAUAAAUCGAUUUACGACAACAAA